AAACCAAUUUUGUGGCGCUUCUUCGGUUCAUAACUUCAUAUAAAUAUAUGUAUAUAUAUCAUCAUCUUCUUCAUCAAAGCUCAAACUCAGAGACAUUAUUAUCAUUCAUCAAUGGCGGAUUCAACAAAAUACAUUACCCAAGAAGAGCUUAAACAACACAACAAACAUGGAGAUCUAUGGAUCUCAAUCCAAGGCAAAAUCUACAACGUCUCAGAUUGGGCCAAAGACCAUCCCGGCGGCGAACACCCAUUACUAAAUCUCGCCGGUCAAGACGUGACAGAAGCUUUCAUAGCUUACCAUCCAAGGUCGGCAUGGCAAUACAUGGACCAAUUCUUUACUGGGUUUCAUCUCAAAGAUCACUCCUUUACCGAGGUUUCAAAGGAUUACAGAAAACUCGUCAAUGAAUUUACCAAAAUGGGUUUGUUUGAGAAGAAAGGACAUGGGGUUUGCUUCUCAUUCUUCUUCAUUACAUUGUUUUUUAUACUCAGUGUUUAUGGUGUUAUGUGUUCUGAUAGUAUUUUGGUUCAUUUCUGUUCUGGAUGUUUAUUAGGGUUUUUAUGGAUUCAAAGUGGUUGGUUAGGUCAUGAUUCAGGUCAUUAUCAAAUCAUGACUAAUCAAUUUUAUAACAGAUUUGUUCAGAUCUUAACUGGGAAUUGUUUAGCUGGGAUUAGUAUUGCUUGGUGGAAAUGGAAUCACAAUGCUCAUCAUUUAGCUUGUAAUAGUCUUGAAUUUGAUCCUGAUCUUCAACACAUGCCAUUCUUUGUUGUAUCAUCAAAAUUCUUUGAUUCACUCACGUCACAUUUCUAUGGCAGAAAAUUGAGUUUUGAUUCAAUCACAAGAUCCUUAGUUAGUUACCAACAUUGGACAUUUUACCCUGUCAUGUGUUUAGCUAGGCUUAAUCUCUUCGCUCAAUCAUUUGCUUUGUUAUUAUCUAAGAGAAAAGUUCAUAAUAGAGGUCAAGAGAUUCUUGGGUUACUUGUGUUUUGGAUUUGGUAUCCACUUUUGGUUUCAUAUUUACCAAAUUGGAGUGAAAGGGUUAUGUUUGUCAUGGCAAGUUUUUCAGUAACUGGUAUCCAACAUGUUCAAUUUUGUUUGAACCAUUUCUCAGCUAAUGUUUAUGUUGGUUUGCCAAGUAGUUAUGAUUGGUUUGAGAAGCAAACAAAAGGGACACUUAAUAUCCUUUGUCCUUCUUGGAUGGAUUGGUUUCAUGGCGGUUUGCAGUUUCAGAUUGAACACCAUUUGUUUCCAAGAUUGCCCAAAUCACAACUGAGGAAAAUUUCUCCCUUUGUUUAUGAACUGUGUAAGAAGCAUAAUUUGCCUUACAAUUGUGCUUCGUUUUGGGAAGCUAAUGUAAUGACAGUGAAUACUCUUAAGACCGCGGCUUUGCAGGCUCGCGAUCUUACUAAUCCUGUUCCGAAGAACUUGGUUUGGGAAGCUGUCAAUACUCAUGGAUAGUGUGUUCAUUUCUCUGUGUUUUUGAACCUAUAUGAUGUUCAAAGAACUGUUUUUGAGAGAUGUAAAUUCUUAUUAUUAUUAUAGAUAUUUUGGUUUUUGAGAAGAUUUCAACUACUUUUUCAUGUAAAGUAAUGUACUUUCCAGUUUGUUUGAGUUUUAAUUUACUUUUUCAAGAAUUUGGUAUGUCUCAAUUGAGAUUUUGAGAUAUUGUAGAUUUUUUUCUAUGAUUUAAUAAUAGAUCUUGAAUUUGUGUUUUA